UUUAGCGUUAAUAUUCCCGGGUCUCCCCUCCCAUCAUCGGCGCACAUGGUUGGUGCCGCAGUGUAAUUUCCUUUGUCGUCCUCAAGCUGCGCAUGGGCUGUAUCGCCGUUUGCAAGAAAGGAGAAAGGCCAGGUGAGAUCGUUCGCUUGUGCAACGGUAGAAUGGCCCCCAAAGGGAGGAAGAGGAAGGCAGAGGCACCUCGGGCCAAGACUGCAACAUCUGAAGGAGUGGAGAUGAAUGUUGCUGAGGAAUCGCCCAAGAAACCGAAGAAGGAUAAAGAAUUGGGCUUUCGUGUGAUCAUUGAGCAUUGUAAAAGCUGACGAGUCUAUGGGCGCAGUGCCAAUGCAGUCAGCGAGGCACUGCACCAGACCUUUCCUGACAUCGUGGUGAUGGUGAACCCUGAGAAACCGCGCAGGAAUAGCUUUGAGGUUGCUUUGUGGAAAGAAGAUGGCACCAAGGUGGAGUUAUGGAGCGGCCUCAAGAAAGGGCCACCACGGAAGCUCAAGUUUCCCGAACCAAACAAGGUGGUUGAAAUGCUGAAGGGCAACCUAUAAUAAA